CACCUUGCCCCAUCACAGCAACCCGGGCUAGUGGAAGCACCUUAAAUCCCUCCCAAGAUCUGAUGGUCCACGAGAGAGAGAAAAUACUCUUCAAAACUUCCACAUCCCAACGGUACGGAAGGGAUUUUCGCCUGUGGACGAGGGAUGUGAUCCAAUGCAAACCCCCAUCCUGAUAUUCUUUUAUAAAAACAAAAGACUUUUGUUAUCUUCCCUGCCUUGGGUAGAGGUUGCCCGGUUUGCCGCAGUGGAUAGUGCAUCUGUUUGAUUUAUACUCCGUGUGUAUCUAUUGAAAUAGAUAUCUCAAGCCCGUUUGUUUCCUGGGCGGAUUGAAAGCGAUGCUUGUGGCGAGCCCAUGGCUCUCGGGCAUGCGGGAGCUGGCCGUUAGCGGAGGGAUCGGGCAGCAGGGCAGGAGGAGCUAGUUUCUGCCCGGGGAGAGAUCGCAGGAGAGAGGUGAGGAGCGAGAAGACAGCGGCGAGGCGAUGCAGCACCUUCUGCUCUUCCUCGUGUACAUGGACCCACUUAACCUGCUGCUGUGCGCAGGGAGGACCCGCAACAGGACGCUGGCCUCUUCCCGGCGUCAAGGGGGUUACACUUCCAAGGUGCAACAGAUCAACACCACGGUGGUGGUGCCCGUUCUGCAGAUCAGCAGGAUGAAGCCGCUGGUGCUACAACACACGGAGAAAUGCCGGGGUCACUACGACGUGGCCGGCCAGUGGGACCCCGAUUUCGAGUGCAACAGGACUUCCUACAAUUUCUGCUGCGGAACCUGCUACAUGCGCUACUGCUGCCAAGACAAGAACUACCGCCUGGAGCAAAACAGCUGCAAAAACUACGUGACUCCCAAAGUGGAGCUUCAAGUCACCACCGACCCGGAUCGGAACGAACUGGAGAACGUGUACGACCCCAGCAAAGACAAGACUAACAGCACGGUCUACAUCAGCUGCGGCGUGGUCGCCUUUGUAAUUAUAGCUGGUGUCUUCGCCAAAGUUGCCUACGACAAAGCGACUCGACCUCCUCGUGAAAUGAACGUUUCCAGGGCCCUGGCGGACAUUUUACGAAACCAGGGACCAAUCCCAGUACCACACUUCGAGAGGGAGAACAUGACAGCAAUAGAUGGAUCGCCCAAGGAUAGUUCACCUGUUCGAGCCACCAAAAACCAUUUCACGCCAGUUCGAACAUCCAAGGGCAACCACGGGCUCUACGGGAAGGAUUCAGGCACCAGCCAUGGCUAUCGCAGCGGAGGACCUGACCUGCACAACUUCAUCUCUUCAGGAUUUGUGACACUAGGGCGAGGACAUCUCAAGGACUGUUUCCGAGAUCCUUUCCAAUAUUCCAAACCAACAAGCCAUAAGGAAAAAAUUGCAUAUCUGGACUGGGAGGCCAAAAACGAUCAGAGGUUUCCCCAAAGAUACAGAGAACUUGGAACCCUUGGUAACCAUCACCAUAAUUACAAUCACUUGGGAUUGAUCAGUCCCACUCAGACCCCCACCAAUGAAAAGCCUCGGAUGAACAGCAUCCUUACAUCUGCGACUGAGCCAUAUGACCUGUCUUUCUCAAGGUCCUACCAGAGCCUGUCACACCUUCCACCAUCUUACGAGACUGCAGUCAAAUCUGACAUAAGCAAGUAUUCUUCACUAAAACGAUUAAGUGAGAAGGAGAUGGACGAGUACUACAUGAAGAGAAGGCAUCUUCCAGACUUGGCAGCAAGAGGGACUCUGCCUCUCCAUGUUAUCAAAAUGAAUCAGGAACACCACAGUAACCAUAGAGAGAGGCCUAGACGGCCAGUACGGGCCAUGUCACAGGACAGGGUCCUGUCUCCAGAGAGAGACCUGCCUCAAGAAUGUAUCAUGUCUUAUGAGCGCAUCCUGUCUGAUGAACAACUCUUGUCAGCUGACCGCCUCCAGUCCCGGGACCCUCUGCUCUCUCCGGACAAAGUCAUGUCCCUCAAACGCACCGCAUUCCACGAGAGGGCCAUGUCCAGGGCCCUGUCUCAAUCCCACACAGAUAUCUUUGUAUCCACACCCAUCUUAGAUCGUUAUAAGAUGACAAAAAUGCACUCACAUCCCAGUGCCUCAAACUCUUCGUCCAAUACCUUAAGUACAAAUCAGACGAACCACACUGCUGCUAAGCGACAUGCCUUUGCUUCUCGUCGACACAACACGGUGGAGCAGCUCCACUAUAUCCCAGGACAUCAUCGUAACUACCAUACAGCCAGCAAAACAGAAGUAACUGUUUGAUGGUAAAAAGCCCAUCGCCGAUUCUACAAUAACAAGAGUGUGGAGGGUUUGCCAGUAAGCCAAAGGACAAUGGCACUGUCAGACUACACUAAUUACCCGCACUCUAAUUUCUGAUAUGUUAUUUAGGCAAGUGUAUUUGUAUCUAAACAAAAUGGCGUACUAUACAAGGCUUCAGUCUUUUCAGAGAAACUUACCAUCAAUUCCUUGUUUUAUUCAAGGUUUUCAUUUUAGUUGGUACAUUAGCACAACAGAGGGCGGUGAACCAACCAGGUCACCUGACAGUUUCUAUCAAAGGAAGCCAUUUGGUAUGGUCAUCACUUGUAUGAGCUUAGAGCAACAAAAUCAAGGGUUGAAUUUCUAGCCAACUACUAUUGCUACUCUCGGAAAUUGAAAUUAUUUGUGUUGGAAGAGACGGAUAAUUAAUUUGGUAAUUAGAAUUUUUGGGUUAAUUCAACAAAAGUAAAGGAUACCAUAUCAUCCCGAAUAGUGUGUUUUUAAAAAAGUCCAUCUUCUAAGCAUGUACAGUAGAAUUCAAUUAGACCACGCAUAGGCAACCAAUUCAUAACAUAAACGAGGGGCAGAGCUGGCUUUUAUUCCAUGCUUUAAUUUUUGCCCCUUGGAAUGGUUGCUUAGAAUUCCAGGCCUAGGGUUGGUGAAAUAGCUUCAUUAUAGAGAGAAUACAAAUUGCACCAUUGACCAUAUCUCUACCACUUCCGAUAAGUGUAACGAGUUAUAUGUUUUUUUUCCUCUCUCAAUGGUACGAGUUUUUAUACGGAGUGUACGAAUUCCCAAGAAAUCUGCAGCACUUACAAGAUAAUAAGUUUAUUUCAUGAGCAUGGGACUCUGUAAAUGGAUCUUUGAACCUGGGACGAUAUUACUUGCCGAACUUAGUUUUUUUAAAAUCUCAUGCAUUAUUCGCAAGUUUGCUUCUGACACAUGAAAUGCCACUCAGAUAGGCGUUGAAGUCACUAACCAUGCCAAAGAGCCAAGCUUAGUGAUGGUUUGAAGUGAACCCGACAAAGAUUAAUCAUUUGUUUAUGUUAAUCACCGAGUAGUGGUAGCCAAGAGCUUUCAGGCAUGCAGACAUUAAAGUUUUAGCAAACCAUAGAAGGUGGAGGAGACAGAGUUUAUCCAUUUGUAAUGUCAUGAAUGCCAAGUUGCAUUGUUUUCUUGUUUUCGGCCACUCUUCUGCCAUGUGCUGGAAGAGGAGAUUAGCGGAUAACUUGGCAUUGUGUGUGGCAUGGACAUUGUGGGCCAAAGGGCCCGUUCCUGUGCUGUAGUGUUCCAUGUUCUAUGUUCUAUGUUUCCCAUCCUGCUUCGCUUAUAUUUGUGUACUUUUUUGUUCAGAGUAUUUAUUCUUCUGUGAAACAUUGAUUAUUCAUGUUUAGAAAGCAACCACAUGCAUUCAUCAUUCUUCAGUUUUCUGACACGUUCUCCUCAUCAUUUCCUGCUCAGUUUGCUUCCCCUAGAGUACUAGUGAAGCUGCGAAUGGUCCAGGUUGGCCAGGCACCUGUACACUCAAGUGUACAUGCAGUGCAGUGGUGAGGACACAGGCACAAUCUAAUGGUGGAAUUCAGAAUAAUUAGAAACAUAUAUAGAGCGCACAGGACUCUUGGGGUUGAUCUGAAAAUUGAUAUCCCCCACAGAUUAGCAUGUUAAGUAUUCAGAUCUACUGUUCACAAAAGUGGUGGAGCCUCUGGAUCUGUAAAACAAAGUAUGUGUUGAAAAUUGUGAUUUGUAAGUUUGAAGCUAUAUAUAAAUAUUGGACAAGUGCUGGCCUGCUGAGGCAUGUAUUGUAUAGUGUGGAAUGAUUUUUAAGUCAUUGAAUGGCUUGUGGUGACCUUACAUACAAGUGGAAGAGAUCCUAUAGUGUAGCAGUUGUGUGAUCUUCUGUGUUAUAUAGGUGGCCUAGAAAUGUACUUGGGAUUUUUUGUGCAACGUAGGCCAUUAAGUAAUAAUUACAUAGUUAGAUAUGGAUUUUAUCUUCAUUAGCAAGUUCCUAAAAAGCGAAUCCAUCACUAGUAAGAAAUAUGAUUAGAUGAUUAUGUGAAACCAAAUGUUAUUUUAACUAUCUGGCUACCUUCAGAUCAUUUUAGGCUCACACACAUCUCGUCAUAAUUCCUUUGUAUUGUGUAUGAAGUUAUAAAAUAUCCGCAACAUUACGCACUGUCCAGCAAUAUCAGUGAGAUGCCACCUCAUUGCAAUGCAACCAAAUAAGGGAUGUGAAGGAAAAUUUGCAUUUGUUUUAAAAGUAAAGGGAGAAUAGCUUGCAUUGUAAACAGUGGAGUGUGAUCAAAGUCUCGUAAGUCUUGUUACAGAUAUUUGAACACUUAUAUGCCAUGGUCCUGGUUCAAAUCUUGGUUUUCACUACUAUUUAGAAUUACAUCUCUUGUGGAUUUAGACAGGUUAGAAAAUAAAGUUGCUGGCAUAUUUGAUUAAUGCAUCUUGAAAGACAGGAGGAUAAAAUUAAGUAAUUAAAGAAGGUAAUUGUCCAAAUGCCAAGCCAUGUUGCGGCAGAGAUACAGACAUUCAUCGUCUAGGCUUGCUGGCUCAAUGACUUUGUUUUAGUCACCAAUAAAGUGGAGAGAGUGCAAUGAAAGGAAGAGUUAUUUAUUUUACUCAACAUAUUUCCCUCUUUUGUUGAUGCUGCUCCAUGGACCAAGUGACUUUUCUUUCUGACACUAAUUCUUGCAGGUGUUAUUAGUCUUGAGGCUGAGUGUGAGGAGCGAUUUGCUUAUGGUAUCAAGAUAUCGGUCAACUUCUAUGUUCGAGUCAUUGCAGUGAAAUGGAAGACGAAGCAUAAAAGCAGCUUAAAAGAAAAGGCCAAAUGUGACAGAGCAAUCAGUGUGCACAUUGGUACCUGUGUCAUCGUGAUUAUGCCCCUUACAGAUCAUGUCAGUCACAAAGCAUAGGAAAGCAAGGGCAAACUAUGAAUCAGUGGCUAGCUCAUCCACAGUAUCAGAAGAUGAAAAUUGCAAUGUACAUAGCAAAGGCCAAAGUGGGGGAAUAUUCAAAGUUGGAAGAAGAUUUGCAGUUUUUAAAGGAUCUAAGACACUACUGUUAUACUUUGUAUAUUAUCUGUAAAUAACACAGUGACACCAACUAAAUAAAAUUGAUGCUUUCAA